UCCCACACUUUUCCAUUUAUUAUCAUUUCUUUCUCUGUCUCUAUAUAUACUCUUUCCAAUCUACCGUCCGUUCCUCUUUUCAUUGCCCCCAUAACAAGUACAGUAUUUUCCAGAGAAGAAGAAGAAGAAACGAAAGAAGCCCAAUCGGAUUCAGAAGGCGAUCAUCGGUUUCGGGAAGGAGAGAUUCAGCAAUGGCUGCGUCUCUCAGAGAUCUGUGAUCUUUCCUUCCCGGACGCCCAUGUUUAAGGUGGGAUCGCUGCUACGUUUGGGAUCUAUAAUUGUUUGGAUUGCUCAUUUAGUCGCAUGCAUGGGUGGUUGUCUGGGAAGCCUUUGUAAACCGGAACUGAUUAACUCAAACGAGCCACCAAAAGGACCAAAGCUUCAAGGUCGAAGAGUAUCAAAACCGAGCAUAUCAGAGGAUUUCUGGACUACCAGCGCAUGUGAUAUGGACAACAGUGCAGUGCUGUCACGAGGAAGCAUCUCCUCAAUAAGCACAUCAACCCUGCCGAUUGAUCCCCAUGGAACUAGCAGUGGAAACACCCCUUCUGAAUUUGUAAAUCAUGGCCUUCUUCUUUGGAACCAGACUAGGCAACAGUGGAUUGGAACUAAAAAGCCUAAUAUUCAUACGCAACAGCUUCGUGAACCGAAAAUAAGUUGGAAUGCAACCUACGAAAGCUUGCUCGGAAGCAACAAGCCCUUCUCCCAGCCGAUACCUCUUUCUGAAAUGAUAGAUUUUCUUACCGACAUCUGGGAGCAGGAAGGGUUGUAUGAUUGAAAAAGCACAAGCAGGACAAUGUUUCGUAAGAUACUUGACCUACAAACGCUGUUGACGAAUUUAAAUUGUAAUGCAAACCAAAAGUUACGGAAACCCCACAAAAGCAUGUAUAUUAACUGUAGCAUUAUCAUAGCAUGCCCGGACGAAUAUUUCCCUCGCAUGAUUUUGGUAUGUAGAAUUACAUUUAUAGUAAGUGUACUAAUAUAGCAUAAUUAAAAGCGGCUGCGUCAGCUAUUCUUGGCAGCAGAGUUUACUUUAAA